UCCUGUACUUAUACCCAACACUAAAACCAGACCCCAUUACUCAGGUCCAAUUCAAUAUAUCGGGUUGGGUUUUAACUUUCAAGCCCAAUCCCCCUCUUUCUCUCUCCGGCGCAACCCUGCAUCUCUCCGGCUAAAAUCAUCGAUUUUCGAGCGUUUUAAACACGAUUUCGAUUGUUUUUCCCCUGAAUCCUCAAGACUCAGCAGACAAUAUAUAUUGCUUUUCUACUUGAUGGAAGGAUUGGAAGCAGCUACUGAAAACAAUAAUCAGUUGGUCAAUGUAGAGACACAACCGAAUGAUGUUGAAAUGCAUACUGUCGGUGUGGAAUUGCAGCCAACUAGGGUAGAACUUCAGCCAGCUAAUGUAGAGAUUAAAGCAGACAGUCCAGAGAUGCAACCAGUCAAUCUAGAGACUCAAGCAGAAAGCCUGGAGAUGCAGACGGCCAAUUUGGAUAUGCAAUGGGGUAAUUUUGAACUGCAGCCACACAAUUCAGAAAUGCAAGAAGCCAAUGUAGGAAUACAGGCGAGCAAUCUGGAAAUGCUAAUGCAGCCUCCUAAUGCAACAACAGAGCCUAAUCGCAGGAGAAAGAAGUCAUUUGUUUGGGAUCACUUUACAAUAGAGAACAUGGGGGCUGGAUGUAAAAGAGCUUUCUGUAAUCAAUGCAAGCAGUCCUUUGCAUACAGUAAAGAUUCUAAAGUGUCAGGAACCAGUCACCUCAAACGCCACAUAACCAGAGGAGCCUGCAUGCAAAGUAAUCUGGAGAGUAUUCAAAACGGUGAACCUACUAAUAUGAGAGGACGUAGACGCCCUAAUAAUGCACCUAGAUUUAAUUCGGAUCGUUGUCGUCAUGAACUUGCCAAGAUGAUAAUCAUGCAUGACUACCCACUUCACAUGGUUGAACAUCUUGGUUUCAUUGCUUUUGUCAAGUAUCUUCAGCCUCGAUUUCAUAUGGUUAGCUUCAAUACGGUUGAACGAGAUUGUAUUGCAACUUAUCUUAGAGAAAAGCAAAGUCUGCAGAAGGUUCUUGAAGGAAUUCCAGGAAAAAUCUCUCUGACACUCGACUUGUGGGGUUCUCCCCAAAGUGUAGGCUAUGUUUUUGUUACUGGGCAGUUUAUUGAUAGUGAAUGGAAGAUGCACAGAAAGAUUCUCAAUGUCAUCAUGGAACCAUUUCCUGAAUCAGAUUCUGCUUUCAGCCAUUCUGUUGAUGUUUGUCUCUGUGAUUGGAAUAUGGAUGGUAGGUUAGCUUCUCUCAUCAUUAACCAGUCUUUAACAGAUGAUGCAACAGAUAACCUUAAAGCUUUGCUAUCUGUUAAGAACCCAAAUAUGCUUGGUGGUCAAUUACUACAAAAAAAUUGUCUUGCCCGUUCUUUUAGCAGUAUAGCGCAAGAAGCAUUAAGGGCUGCGCAAGACGCCGUCCAAAAAGUCAGAAAUAGUGUCAAGUAUGUUAAAUCUUCUGAAUUUUAUGAGGUAAAAUUUCAUGAGCUCAAGCAGCAACUUCAUGUAACAAGUACAAAGAGCUUAGUAUUGGAUGACCAGACACAAUGGAACACAACAUAUGAAAUGCUGUUGGCAGCUUCAGAGUUGAACGAAGUCUUUUCUUGCUUAGAUGCUUUUGAUCCGGAUUACAAGGAAACCCCCUCUAUGGAAGACUGGAAAUUGGUUCAGACUCUGACAACAAACUUAAAACUUAUGUUUGACACAGCAAGCCUCCUAACAACUUCUGUCAUCCCAACUCCAGACAUUUUCUUUAAUGAAAUUUGUAAGAUUCGGUUGGAGCUUGCAGAUGCCUCCACAAGUAAGGAUUCAUCCGUCACCAACAUCAUCAUACCAAUGCAAGCAAAUUUUGAUAUAUACUGGAAAAGUUGUUAUUUGAUCCUGGCAAUUGCGGUAGUCAUGAACCCCCAAUACAAGAUGAAGCUUGUUGAAUUCUAUUUCGGUAAAAUAUACGGGGAUGAAGCUGCCACAUACAUCAAGUUCGUUGAGGAGGGAAUCCACGAGCUGUUCAGUGAAUACGUGGAACAAUUACUGCAUUUCACCCCAACUGAUAUGGAUGAAGCGAAUGACAGAAGCCUCGAGUCUGUCAAUGGAGGAGCUAGUAUAUUGAGCAAUGGACUUGGGCUUACAGAUUUUGAUACGUAUAUCAUGGAAACUACGAGGCAGCAGUCAAGAACAGAGCUGGAUAGGUACUUGGAGGAGUCUUUGUUGCCGAGGGUCCCAAUUUUUGAUGUUUUAGGCUGGUGGAAACAUAAUGAGAAGAGGUACCCAACUCUCUCAAAGAUGGCUCGGGAUAUGUUGGCUGUUCCAGUAUGUACUGUUGGUCCUGAUCUGGUAUUUGACACUUUUGGCAAAGUGAUGGACCGAUACAGGUGCUCCUUGCGACCAGAAACAGUGGAAGCUCUCAUCUGCGCAAAGGACUGGCUGAAGCAUGACUCUGGAGAACAAGCUGUACCCAUGAGAAUGGAGUUUCCAGUAUAGUUUUACAUGGGUUUAGUAUAUUUUGCAUGGGUACUUGACAUGUUAUGAAGUAACCAAUUACUCCUAUGAGUUAUGACAUUGGAUUUCGGAAAGAUAGAUUUUUGACACUCUGGAUAUUUUAAUGAUUAGUAAUUUGAUUAAGUUUCUUAAUCUGUUCAGUUAUU